UUUACCUUGCCGUUACAGAAGCAUUGAAUUCUCCUCGAAGACUCAAAGCCGACGUUCUGUGAAAGGCAGUCAACCCUUUGUUCAGCUCCUCAUCAAUCCCAUCAAUCAAUAUUAACACCCGCUUUGAUCUCUGUGUCCUUCCUCUUCCUCCGAUCAAAUAUCGAAAUCAACAAUGGCUGGUGCACUUGUAUCCACAGUCUUGGAGCAGAUAAUAACAACCGCUCGUCUUCAGGUAGAACAUGAAGUAAAACUUGUUGUAGGCGUGGAGAAAGAAAUUGAACAUCUCAAAAACAAUUUCCAAGCUAUCCGUGAUGUCCUUGAAGACGCAGAGAGAAAACAGCUGAAGGAUGCUGCUGUAAAACAUUGGCUGAACAACCUCAAAGAUGUGUCUUAUGAUAUGGAUGAUGUGUUGGAUGAGUGGAGUACUGCAGUUCUGAAAUGGGAAAUGGAGGAAGCAGAAAAUGCUUUAGCUCCAAAACCGGUGGUGUCUUCCUUCCUGCUCUCCUGCUUUUGUUUCCGUCGGGUGGCUCGACGUCAUGAUAUCGCCCAUAAGAUUAUAGAAGUUGGUCAAAAACUGGAGGAUAUAGCCAAAAGGAAAGCUGUGUUUGGUUUUGAAUUGCAUAAGGCAAUCGAAAAAGAACCCGAACGGCAAACCACUUCCUUUGUUGAUGCAUCUAGGGUGCACGGACGAGAAGAUGAGAAGAAAAAUGUGAUCAGCAAAUUGUUGUACGACAGCAGUCAAGAAGGAAGGGAAGUUCAAGUCAUCUCCAUUGUGGGAAUGGGAGGGUUAGGGAAAACAACUCUUGCCCAACUAGCCUACAAUGCUGAUGAGAUUAAGACUUAUUUUGAGAAGAGAAUAUGGGUGUGUGUCUCACAUCCUUUUGAUGAGAACACGGUUGCGAAGGCCAUAAUUGAAGAUCUUAGCGGGGCGGCUCCAAAUUUAGUAGAGCUGGAACCACUUUGUAAAAGAAUUUAUGAAUCUAUCGAGGGAAAGAAGUUCCUUCUUGUACUUGAUGAUGUGUGGGAAGAUAAUCCUAGAAAAUGGGAGCCACUGAAAGAAUCUCUCAAGUCUGGAGCCCCGGGAAGUCGAAUCUUAGUGACUACUCGUAAGGAUACAGUAGCAAAGAUGAUGGAAUCUGAUUAUUCUUUGCUCCUUGGGAAGUUGACGGACGAGGAGUGCUGGUCGGUAUUCAGUCAGGUAGCGUUCCUUGGGAGAAGCCGGGAUGCGUGUGAAAUGUUCACUGAGAUUGGCAGGCAAAUUGUAUAUAGGUGUAAAGGUUUGCCUCUUGCUGCGAAGACACUGGGAGGUCUCAUGCAAUCUAAAACAACUAUAGAAGACUGGGACAAUAUUUUAUCUAAUGAACUAUGGGAAAUAGAGGAGGUUGAAAAGGGCAUAUUUCCCCCUUUGCUUCUGAGUUAUUAUGAUUUACCUGUUGCCAUAAGAAGCUGUUUCACAUACUGUGCCAUGUUUCCUAAAGAUCAUGUGAUGGAGAGAGGGAAAUUAAUUAAAAUGUGGAUGGCACAAGGUUACCUCAAGGCAUCACCGAGUAAAGAAAUGGAGCUGGUUGGUAAGGGCUACUUCGAAAUCUUAGCCACACGUGCUUUCUUCCAGGAUUUUCAAGAAACGGACGAGGACUCUAUAAAGUUCAAGAUGCACGACAUAGUGCAUGAUUUCGCCCAGUUUUUGAUGAAGGAUGAAUGCUUCACUGUGGAAACUGAUGUUCUGAAGAGACAGAAAACUGAGUCUUUCUAUGAAAGAGCUCGUCAUGCAAUCAUGACCGUUUCCAAUUGGGCACGAUUCCCUCAGUCCAUCUACAACGCAAAAAAACUCCGCAGCCUCCUGAUCAGGUCUUUUAACGAUAACGCAAUCAGCAAACCACUGCUUGAAUUGCUCCGCAACUUGACGUAUUUGAGGUUAUUUGAUUUGAGUGUAUCUCAGAUUGAAGAAAUUCCAAGUGACGUGGGGAAAUUGUUGCAUCUGAGGUACCUCGAUUUCUCUUACUGUAAGUGGUUAAAGGAACUGCCUGAAACAAUAUGUGAUUUAUAUAAUUUGCAGUCCUUAGAUCUUACCUGGUGUGUUUCUGUCAAGAAAUUACCUCAAAAGAUGAGAAAGCUCAUCAGAUUGAGGCAUUUGGAGACAUUCGGUUCAGGUGUAGCCUUCCUGCCGAGAGGAAUAGAGGAAUUAACUUCUCUGCGAACAUUAACAAAUUUCAUUGUUAGUGGAGGUGGGGGUCAAAGUGGUGCAGCUAAUCUUGGUGAAUUGGGAAACUUAAGUCACCUUCGAGGGACUCUUUGGAUAGAGAAACUGCUAAAUGUCAGAGAUGUGAACGAAGCCGUGAAAGCCGAAAUCAAAAAGAAGAAGUACCUGAUUGGUUUAUAUCUGCUGUUCAAUGGAGAUGAAACAGAGCUGCGAGUUGACGAGAAUGCUUUAAUUGAAGCUUUGCAACCACCAUCAAACUUGCAAGUUUUAUGCUUAUCUGAAUUCAGAGGGACAUUGUUACCGAACUGGAUCAUGUCGUUAACCAAAUUAAGGGGGCUUGAUAUCUCUCACUGUGGAAGCUUCGAGUUUCUGCCUCCUUUCGGAAGAUUACCUUACCUUGAGAAACUAAAAAUAGGUGUGAAAACAAGAAAGUUGGAUGUUGGAUUUUUAGGAUUAGGACCUGUUAACAAUGGCAGUGAAGGUAUAUCAAAGAAAGGAGAAAACGGAGAAAUGGCGCCGGUUUCUGCUUUCCCGAAGCUGAUAGAACUCUGUAUCUGGAAAAUGGAAGAGUUGGAAGGGUGGGACGGAAUUGGAAUGGGCUUGGGAGAAAAAGAUACAAGGACAGCAAUAAUGCCACAACUUCGAGAAUUAGAAGUCAAGGGCUGUCCCAAGUUGAAAGCACUGCCAGACUAUGUUCUUACAGCACCACUAGUGGAAUUGAGGAUGAAUGAAUGCCCCCUUCUUUCAGAACGUUACGAGGAGGAGAAGGGUGAAGACUGGCACAAGAUUUCUCACAUCUCAGAAAUCGAAAUUAAUUACCAGCGUAGUAAGAGACCACCACGGAACUCUUAGGUUCUGCCGAUGAUACAGAGCAACAGGAAAGUUCUCCUACCCCUCACACUCCUUAAGUGUCAAAGAUUAUCAUCAGCCUUAUGGUUUUGGUGGAUACUUGAUCAUUGGCCCUGAGGUCUCUCUCAUAAUCGAGAUGAUUUGGUUUCUAUCUUCGUUUGUCAGUUGGAUUCACAAACAUUUUAAUUCAAGUUCUGUAAAUUUGUUUGGAUCUGUUGUUGGUUGUGAAAUACUGAUGUAUGCUUGUUGUCUGAUAAUAUUUAUUGCUAUGGUUGGAUAUUCAUUUUA